AAGAAGAUAAACGUAAAUAAUUGUAUAAAAUUAUUAAAAUAUUGAAACGCUAAGACAGAAUGAAGCAACUGAAUUAAUUAACAAUUAAAAAAGGGCAAGCUGGAUUUGAAAAUAAAAAAAAAUUAAACAGGAAUAAUUUAACUAAAGAGACCAAAACUUCAUUCCUAACUCAUUAAAACUUACUAAUUGGGAAGUAUCCUUACCAUCACCAACAACUCCAUAACUAACCAAAGGGGAAAAAUAUGUUAAUUAAAUUAUGCAGUCUGGUACAGGCAUUCCUAUUGGUUAUCACAACAUGUCAGUCACAUUAUCUCAACCAAUGGGCUGUCAACAUUGAAGGUGGGGAGGGCGUGGCCAGGGAGGUAGCCAAAGAUCACGGAUUUGUUUAUCUAGGAGAGAUAAUGCCUGAUUAUUACAAGUUUCAACAUCCAAGAAUCAUGAAGAGGUCUUUAGAGGCUAAUGAUUAUCAUCAUUCAUCCCUAAUGAGUAAUGAAAAGGUUCUGUGGGCUGAACAGCAAAUAGUUAAAAAAAGAAAAAAGAGAGAUAUCUCCAAUAUGAGAGCAUUCAACGAUCCCUACUGGCCUAAUAUGUGGUACCUGUACAUCGUCUUCCUGACAGCCCGAUCUGCCAAUCUGAUUGCAGAUGAUUGGGUGGUCAAUGGCGUGGGUAGGAAAGUGAGUCACCAUUACGGUUACGGAUUGAUGGAUGGUACAGCCAUGGUUGAGGUGGCACGCAAUUGGACGCCCCUGUCUGAACACCACAGAUGCGCCACCCAAUCAUCUUCUCAGCUUGUCAACCUAACAAUACCAUCUGGGCAAUCGGAAUCUUCGGUCAUCAUCAGCAACGGAUGUCAGGGCACGGAUGACGCCGUACAGUACCUGGAACACGUUGAGUGCAUCGUCACUCUUAGAGCCAACAAGAGGGGAGAGGUCCAACUUUUUCUCGUGUCUCCAUCCGGCACUAAAUCGCAGUUACUCCCAAAGCGGGAGGCGGACUCGUCCCACGAGGGCUUCAGGAACUGGUCCUUCAUGACGACCCACAACUGGGCCGAGAACCCGAACGGAAGUUGGACACUCAUCGUCACCAACAAAGAGACCAGCUCAAACCUAAGGGAGUGGAGUCUCGUCUUGUACGGCGUUGACAGGGAGCCAGAGAUCUACAAACGCUACCUGCCAAGUAGCACAGCGGCCAAACUGGAAGUGGUUGUGAACGCAAAAGCAGACGACAACAAAAAUUCAAACGAUGCCGGAAGCAGGUUCCAAGAUGGUGUGAAGCAGUUUGUCGGCCAAAAUUCCGGCGCUAACAAUCUCACGAAUAUCAAAUCCAUUGAAACUAAAGCUACAUCGACGAACAAAACAUGUGCCAAGGACCUCUACCUUCUGAAGGACGCGUGUCUCUCGCAAUGUCCUCAAGGGUAUUUUCCAUCUGAAAAUGAUCAUAAAUGCUUGCCUUGCAGUUGGGAGUGCAAAAUCUGCCGGAACGCAGAUGGAUGCACGGUCAGUAUGGAAGCAAGUGACCAAACAAAAUGGAAGUCAGCAACUUUUGUGGUCAUCGUCCUACUGGCCAUCAUCCUCUCAGCCUCCUUGAUUCUGCUCUUCGUAUUCAUAACACGUAGACGUAAGAAUUUGAGUUCCUUGCAGGACUCGCUUUUCAGCGGCGAGAAUGACAAAAAUAACCACAAUCGUCUGAUCUUCCAUGGCGAUCCUCUUAAAAAUUCAGAAAUUCACGUUUCCAGCUUGGAAUGCUCCGAUAGAAAUUCUGCAAGAGCCCCGCUGUUAAACAACGAAGAAUCGUGCAGUGAUGACGAGAUAGACCUUCUCACUGCUAAUGAUAUCAACCGUAACUAUCAGCGCUUCGAUAGUAAUAACAUUCAGUCAAAUACGUUUUCAUUACCAUGAAUGAUGUCUUGACAUUUAGCAUCUGGUAUCUUGAUCUUGAUGUAUUGAAAUGAUGAUAUAUUGAUGUUAAAUUUUAGUUCCGAAACGUAAAAAGUUAUAUUUUGUCACUUUACAUAACGUUUAGAAAUUCUUCUUUCGAUUGAGUUACCAGUUCUUCAUUGUUAUUUAUUAUUCAAAUUUAAUUGAAUUUAACUUAAA